CCGCCGCCGUGCCGGUGCCGGCCAUGGCGCUGUCGCUGGGCGAGGUGGGCGGCGGGAGCCGCCUGCGGCGGCAGCUGGAGUCGGGCGGCUUCGCGGCGGCCGAGUACGUGAAGCAGCUGUCGCAGCAGUCGGACGGCGACCGCGACCUGCAGGAGCACCGGCAGCGCAUCCAGGCGCUGAGCGAGGAGACGGCGCAGAGCCUCAAGCGCAACGUCUACCAGAACUACCGGCAGUUCAUCGAGACGGCGCGCGAGAUCAGCUACCUGGAGAGCGAGAUGUACCAGCUCAGCCACAUCCUCACCGAGCAGAAGGGCAUCAUGGAGGCCGUGACGCAGGCCCUGCUGCUGCAGGGCGACCGCGACGAGGCCGCGCUGGGCGCCCGCCGCGCCGCCGCCGCCGCCGCCGACCCCUUCCUGCCGCUCUCGGCCAAGGAGGCGGCGGCGGCGAGCGAGGAGGGCCGCCAGCGCACGCUCACCACCCUCCUGGAGAAGGUGGAGGGCUGCGGCGACCUGCUGCCCGAGAGCCCCGGCAAGUACCUCGUGUACAACGGCGACCUGCUCGAGUACGACGCCGACCACAUGGCGCAGAUCCAGCGCGUGCACGCCUUCCUCAUGAACGACUGCCUGCUCGUGGCCACGGCGCUGCCCAACCGCCGCGGCGCCUACCGCUAYGACGCGCUCUACCCGCUCGACGGGCUCGCCGUGGUCAACGUCAAGGACAACCCGCCCAUGAAGGACAUGUUCAAGCUGCUCAUGUUCCCCGAGAGCCGCAUCUUCCAGGCCGAGAACGCCAAGAUCAAGAAGGAGUGGCUGGAGGUGCUGGAGGAGACCAAGCGCAGCCGGGCCCUCAGCGAGAAGCGGCGCCUGGAGCAGGAGGCCCUGCCCCGGCCCGCGCCCCCCGAGCCCCCCAACCCCUUCGAGGAGGACGACGGGGAGGGGGCCGAGGAGCCGCCCGCCGAGGAGGACGCCGUUGACCUCUCCCUCGAGUGGAUCCAGGAGCUGCCCGAGGACCUGGACGUGUGCAUCGCCCAGCGGGACUUCGAGGGCGCCGUGGACCUCCUGGACAAGCUCAACGAGCACCUGGGCGCCAAGGCGGGCAGCGCGGCGGCGGCGGAGCUGCGCGCGCGCGUGGACGAGCGCGUGCGGCAGCUCACGGACGUGCUGGUGUUCGAGCUGUCGCCGGGCCGCUCGCUGCGGGGCGGCCCGCGCGCCACGCGCCGCGCCGUCUCCCAGCUCAUCCGCCUGGGCCAGUCCAGCAAGGCGUGCGAGCUGUUCCUGCGGAACCGCGCGGGCGCCGUGCGCACCGCCAUCCGGCAGCUGCGCAUCGAGGGCGCCACGCUGCUCUACAUCCACAAGCUCUGCCACGUCUUCUUCACCAGCCUCCUGGAGACGGCCCGCGAGUUCGAGACCGACUUCGCCGGCAGCAGCGGCUGCUACUCGGCCUUCGUGAUGUGGGCCCGCGCCUCCAUGCGCAUGUUCGUGGACGCCUUCAGCAAGCAGGUCUUUGACAGCAAGGAGAGCUUGUCCACCGCGGCCGAGUGCGUGAAGGUAGCUAAAGAGCACUGCAAGCAGCUCAGUGAGAUCGGGCUGGAUCUCACCUUCAUCAUUCAUGCCCUCCUGGUGAAGGACAUCCAAGGUGCCUUGCAGAGCUAUAAGGACAUCAUCAUUGAGGCCACCAAGCAUCGCAACUCUGAGGAGAUGUGGAGGAGGAUGAACCUGAUGACUCCCGAGGCYCUGGGAAAACUGCGAGAGGAGAUGAGAGGCUGCGGGGUAGGCAACUUUGACCAGUACACUGGGGAUGACUGCUGGGUCAACCUUAGCUAUACGGUGGUGGCUUUCACUAAGCAGACUAUGGCUUUCCUGGAGGAAGCACUGAAGCUUUACUUUCCAGAGCUGCACAUGGUUCUUCUGGAGAGCCUCGUGGAAAUCAUCCUUGUGGCUGUGCAGCACGUUGACUACAGUUUGCGGUGUGAACAGGACCCUGAGAAGAAAGCGUUCAUUAGGCAGAAUGCGUCCUUCCUUUAUGAAACUGUCCUUCCUGUGGUGGAAAAACGGUUUGAGGAAGGGGUUGGAAAGCCAGCCAAGCAGCUACAAGAUCUGAGAAAUGCUUCCAGACUGAUGCGUGUGAAUCCAGAAAGUACCACCUCUGUAGUGUAAAGUGAACUAGCCUUUUGCAUGGACAGAGCGAAUGCACUUGCAGAAAAUGCUGUACGUUAAAAAUAUGGACUGAAUGGUUUCUGAAUCCCCCAAAAACACAGAAGUCUUAACUGCAGCCUUCCUGAAGCCGAGGACUUAGAGUCGAAGCCUACAGUGGUGAAAACUCUUUUUUGGAUUGAAGUCACAUGCACUUGCACCUGAAUAAUGUGCCCUUCAAGAAAGGCUCGGUAGUGUUCGUGACUUGGGAAAUUAAAUAAUUUACACUCUUUGGCCAAAUAAAAUGUUUAUGAAAGUCUUAAAUAUAUGAACACCAUCCAGCAGGAAAAGAUCCCUUGUAAUCAUGUCACUGUAUGGACCCUUGUUUAAGGCAGUGUUCUUGCAGAAGGGGACGUGCUGGAACUCCCGCAGGGUGUGGUGUUUGGUGAGGAUCCUCCAUCCAGAUGUGACUCAGCGCUGCGCAGGAGCGACACGGAUUUGCACAGUCUGCUUUGCUCCGUAGCGAUGCAGGCUCUGUGGUUUCUGACAUGCAAAACUCUUUUCGCUCACUUCAAAGACAGAGCUAAGUUAAAACUCUUAUUUGAGUAAGCGGUUCUGUUUGGAUGAAGGGGCUGCUGCUUCUCCUUAACAAGCAGACCAAUGGGCCUAAGUUGCACCUCUCUGAAGACAAAAUUUUACUGCUUUCAGAGAAGCRAGCAUUGUUUUUCCACCUUCUCCUUUGCAUUCUGCUUCCUUAUUUUCUCACAAAGUUCAUUGGGAUCAAGUCUAUUAGGUGUAGUAUGCUCUCUUGCUCAAGGCACYGUCAAAAAUGUGUUAGGGGCCAUUACCUGCUAGUAGAAACUCCAGUYAAGAGGCAUAAAUGCUCCUGGGUAGUGCAAGGCAGGGAGAGGGUUUCCAUCAAGGUACUGUUUUUGUCUGGAAAAAAACAGCGUUCUGGUUCUGUUGUAGAGAAGCAGCACAGGAGAAAGAGUCUGGAAGGAGUACGUACUCCUCAGAGGUGACACACUCUUGAAAAUACACAGUCCAGCUCUGAUGCAAGUGUCUAUGUGUUAUCCCCUCUAGUACAGCAGUAACYGAGAAGAGGACUGUGUUUGGUUGAAUUGGUUCUCCAAGCUAAAAUAACAAUGUUCUCGCAUCAAGGGUGCCUUAGCCCCGUGGCUUGGACAUUACAGCUGGAUAGUUCCAAGUCUGCUUUGUGGCUUGAGUGCCAGGUGAGGGACGUGUCUGUUGGCUUGGACGGAUGGUGACGGCUGUCUCAGUAYGUGUCUCUGCAAAUAAAGCAAGCCAGGUCCUGUAAGGAGACUGUCUAGAGAAGGCUGUGAGCAUCAUCCUCCUAGCUGCUUCAGCACAGACCUCCUUAGUUGUGAGAAAAUGAUGCAACAAUUCAUAACCUUGUAUGAGGCUCUUUAAGUGAUUUUAGCUGGAAUAACUGAGUAUCCAGAUCCUCUUAACUCUUCAAAUGAGAGGCUUUGCAGUUUAUAUCUUCAUAGUGAGGGCCUCAUGGCUGCGUGGACAAGCAAAAAGAUGAAACCAGGAAAGCAUCCUAGGUAGCUGCUUGUACUGGAGACUCUUCAUAUUUCUGUCUUUUCACACUGCCAGUUGGACAUAUUUAUUUUCACCUUAAUGGCAAGUUUUUACGCUCUUGUUCUUUGRUUGCCUUUUGAGUUGCCAGGUUUUACAAAGCAGCCUACUGUGUCUACUCAGGUGCCCUAUGGUAUUUGGGCAUUUUGCUAGCAAAUCACAGAAAAUAAAUGGGCAAGAUGGUUCUAGAGGGUAACUCAGUCCUCUUAGCUAAAGGUGAUUAAGAAACACUCAAAUAGCUAUGAGUUUUAUAUUAAAUUACAGUGAAGGUGAGAGUUAGGACUUGUGUGAUCCUUACCUCUAAGACAGAGACACCUGGGUGUUAUUUUGCUGUCGAAUUAUCUUUGACCUUAAUAUAGUAUACUGAAGUAACAUAUUCUGUCGUCGCUUGUUUUGAGCAGGCAAAUGCAGCCACCAGGCCUUACUUAAUAAGAAAUGUUUUCAAGUGGAUUGUAAGUGAAUAUUCGCUAUGAUAAUGGGUAAUCCGGGGUAGAGGAAAAGAGUAGGCUUUUYUCUCUGAAGAAAAAUAUAUUUUAUUAUUUGCUUUACAGGAAAAGAAAGCAUCUUAUGAGCACAGAUCAGAGACGAGCCUUGCAUCUUUCUUUUUUUUUUUCCUUCUCUGUGCAAGAGAAGGGUAACCUGUGGAACUACUUUACAAGGCUCUGGUUAGUGCUAUAUAUUUGGGGAUUUUGUGUAAGAAGCUGAAUUACGAAUUCCUGAUUCCCAGUACUGGCAUGUGAUUGAAUAGGAGGAGAGCUUUCCCUAGGCUUUCACCUUAUUCUCAUCAGUGGCUGAAAUGUAGAAUAUAAUUCUGCCGUGUACUGCAUUCCACCUUUAUCAUCACCCCCUUCUUCAGUCUGUUUGUGUCUCCUCCUGACUCGCCUCCAAGGUGGAGCAGCCGGCUUACGUGGAGGUUGAUUUUAACGGAUUGGGAACCUGGUGUCUCUCUUGGGUGAUGAAGUUGU